AUGCGGUCAGGGAAGAGGAUCAGUGAAGCCUCGGAUUGCUGUGAAGGUGACAGGUUUCAGCCUGUGGGAUUUAUGAGGAUGAAGCUGGGUGUGAAGCUGCCUUUCUCCCUGCUGCUCAGUCUCUCUGUCGCUGUGGGACUGUGCACGGCCCUCAGCAGACACAAAGAUGCAGACUUGUUCUGGAGAAGUCCAUCUAUUCAAGAGGCACCAACUAUAUUCCUUCGAGAUAUUGGGGACUCCUUCCUGCUGUACGAGUUCCUGGCUGGUGGUCUGAACAUUGAUGAGAAGAAUAUGAUCAGUCUGAUGGAUGAGGAGUUAGCAUCAACACGUCCAGCUUCCAUCUUCCUGGAGAUUGUAAACUCCCAGCUCCCAAAGAGCCCUGCUGCUCUCCGGAAAAGGCUGGAUGAGACUGUGAAUUUGGGAGAUACCUUUGAAAUGGACACCUUUGAACAACUGCUGCUGGCCUCAGUCUAUGUGGCACAUCGAGGUCACACCAGUGAUCAGGGAAACAGGCAGAUCUGGGGAGAUCUCUUCUGCUUGCUGGUGUCUCCACUGAUCCAGGACCUGACUGGGAUUAUGCCUAAUUGUUGAUCUCUCAGAUCCAAGUCUGCUGUGACGCAGUGACUUACUAUACCUGAUCAAUUUGAUUCGACCCACUCCCAACAGUACAGGAAUCAAUGAGAAGAAACUAGACUCUAUCAGGUACUGGGUUAUACUGGUCAUAAGCAGAUCCUACAGAAUGUUCCAUGUAGACACCCUCCAGGAUUACUGCUGUCUGCUGAGAGAUAGUGCAGCCUAUCUUUAGCUGAGACACCUAGGCUUCAGCUUCCACAAGUCUCAAUCUUCUCUCAUUACAGCCGCCUUUCAUCUCAAAUCCGAAUGCUUCAUCAUCACCAGCUCAUAACAAAACAUGUUAGCCCAGAUCAUUCCCUCCCAGUGAGGGACACUCUGAGUGAGGGAACGUUCAUUCACCCAUUGUUACAUGUCGUUUCUACAGUCUGUAAUUACUGUCGUUUGUGACUUUAGUGUUACAAUCCAACUCUACAGUCAGUAAUUACAGGCCAUUUCAACAGUACAUAGUUACAGCCUAUUUUGACAGUUUAUAACUACUAUCUAUUUCUGCAAUACAUUGUUGCUGUGCAUGUCUCCAAUCUAUCAUUACUGUCCGUGUCUGCCGUACGUUGCUCCCCCCUACUGGCAAAAGCAUGAAGCAUUAGCAAAAUCCAACAGAGAAAAUAAAUUUCCAAAAAGGCAGAGUUCUAAUUCCCUAUAUUCUGUCUGGAUCUUGUCCUUUAACCACAUGUAUUCAUUUUUCCUGAAAAUCCAGCAGACUGGAUUAAAUAAAACCAUUCUCAGUGGUAAUGGAACAGAGGGGAAAGCACAUUGGUAAACUCCUGUUGGUAAUAAAAAGGUGAAAGGAUUUCUUUUUCUCUUUUUAAAAGUUGAAAUUAUAGGCUCGCUGUCCCUCAGCCCUUUAUAACCCCAGGCUACCACACCCCAUGGAGCAGCUGCACCUUCAUUCCCCAGAUGGUAAUAUCUGAGUGACUGCUGUGUUUCUCAUCUGUUGAGGGAUCUUGUGAUGGCUUUGUUUAUCUUUCUCCCGGUGUCCCUCUUUUCUGUCAAACUCUGAUCUAAGUUGACCCUUGGGAGGCAUUUAUAUUCCAGACCCUUCUCUCUUGGAUUUCUCUUCCUCAUCCAUGUCCUCUGACAAUAGGAGUUGGGACAUUGUGUUGAGGUUGUAUGGAACAUUUGUGAGGCCUCUUCUGGAAUACUGUGUCCAGUUGUGGAAGGAAAUUAUCAAGCUGGAGAGGGUUCAAAUGAGAUUCACCUGGAUGUUGCCCCACCGAACUCAUCUCCACCUAUCUGGAUAACAAAGUGUGAAGCUGGAUGAACACAG